AUGUUUUUCUACUCUUCUUUAAAUUUAUAAUUUUCUUCCUUAAUCGUAUUAACAAUCAAAGAUUGCUUAAAAGAUACACUAAAUUAUCAAAUGCUACAAGUCGAGUAAUAUUCAUGUUUUUGGUAAUAUCAUUCACCCUAUGAUUAGUACGGGUAGAUCUUUCAUUUCUAAGAUCUCAACAACAUAAAAACUCGCUCAUUUAUCCCAUCAAUUUACUAUCACUUCAAAAUUUAUUUUAAAUAAUACAUGUUUAUUCACAAAUUCCGUCAUUCAAUAGGUUUAUCAUAGGAUGUGAUUAACUCAAUUAAAUUACAUAAGGCGUAAUCACAAAUGAAUCUAGAUGCAUAAUUGAAUUUACAUAAUUUAAACCUUAAGACCUUGCAAAUAUAAACAGUACAAUUUUCGCUUUGCAAAUUUCUAAAUUCAUUCUCAACAAAGUUUUAAUUUAAAUUCAAAUGUAUAUAAUUGAUAGAUUCUGCAUUUACAAGAAUUUAAAAGACGAUUCUUAACAGUCUAUUAAGCGGAGUAACAUAUCCAGCGCAUUAUUAAUUAGAGUUAAUGGAUUAUCAUAAUUCAAACUCAAAAAUACAUGAAGGACCUUCUAAAUUUACCAUAAAUAGUUGCCCAAAAUAAGUUACUCAUUUAUAAAGUUGGAAAUUACUAAUAGUACUCUUUAUUUUUUACAAUUAUGGACUUUUAUUUUCAUAUUUUAUUCGAUUCAACUUAUUCAGAUUUACUAAACUUUCUGAAUAAAUUUGCCGUUUUAAACAAUAAUUCUGUUAUCUAUAAAGAUUAAUAAAAAAAAUUUUUCACAUAAUAAAAAAUACAAAUGCUUCUUUCUGCCAAGUUGUUACCUAAAUAAUUAAAUUGCAUUAGAACACUUUUCAAUUCACUCUUUUGAUAAAAUUAACUUUUACAAUUCCUAAUAUAAAUAAUUAUUAUGCUUUUAAGAAAUUUAAUACUAAAUCAUUCAUCUAAAUAAGUCAAAGUAUACAGAUAUAAGGAAUGACAAUUCGUAAGCGGAACCUUUGGUAAAAUAAUAAGAAAAAGUGGUUAUGA